GAGUGUUGCACGACGGUAAAGGUAGCUUCUGGUUACAAACUUUGGACCAAUCAGGACGCCGCUUUGCUUUCCUGCUGCAGGAGCAGCAGAAGUUCAACCUGGACCGCUCCACGAAGAAGAAACGAGCUCUAAAGUCAAACUGACAAUGCGUAUUCACUGCCGCUGACACUCCUAAUAGCCAACAAAUUGUCACUGAAGGAAACAUUUCCGAGUAGUGACAAUGUUGGGUAUGUAUGUGCCAGACAGAUUUUCUCUGAAAUCGUCAAAUGUCCAGGAUGGAAUCGGUCUUUACACGGCGAGGCGAGUGAAAAAGGGAGAAAAGUUUGGCCCUUUUGCAGGUGAGAAAAAGCUUCCUGGUGAACUGGAUGAAAGCUCGGACACCAGGCUUAUGUGGGAGGUCCGUGGCAGUAAAGGAGAUGUGCUGUAUAUUCUGGAUGCUAGUAACCCACGCUAUGCCAACUGGCUGCGGUUUGUCCAUCAGGCGCCUUCACAAGAGCAGAAGAACUUGGCAGCCAUACAGGAUGGAGAGAACAUCUUUUACCUGGCUGUGGAUGACAUAGAGACUGACACAGAGCUCCUGAUAGGCUACCUGGACAGUGACAUGGAGGAAGAGGAGGAGGAAGAAGAGGAGGAGGUCAUCAAAGAUGACGACGAAAACAGUAAAGAAGCUAGGCAUCUUGUUGAAAUGGAGCUGAUAAUAAAGAAGGAGGACCACCCCUGCCUGCUGUGCGAGAGCAGCUUUCCCAGUGAGGAGAUCCUGGCGGCCCACCUCCAGAGUCUGCACCAGAGGCCCAGCACAGAGGAGAAGGAGUUCAAAUGCAAAAACUGUGGCAAGAAGUUCCCCAUCAAACAGGCUCUGCAGCGCCAUGUUUUGCAUUGUUCUGAGUCACUGGACCCAUCAGGCGACUCUAAAGCACACCAGUGCUCCAUCUGCCACAACACAUUCAGAUCAAUAUCCAGUUUUGAACAGCAUAAGGAAGCCUGUAAAGGAGAUGCCAGGUUCAUCUGUAAAGCAGAGAGCUGCGGCAAAAGAUUCAAAAGCAAGGACGCUCUGAAGAAACAUAAAGGAAAUGUUCACACAGGGAGUGCACGUCGGAAACUCACGUGCACCAUAUGCAACAGAAAGUGCUCCUCCUCUCUGAAUCUCCAAGAACACAGAAAGAUACAUGAAAUACUUGACUGCCACGCAUGUGACAAGAAGUUCAUUUCUACAAAUCAGCUAAAACGUCAUAUGAUCACACACUCAGAGAAGCGACCGUAUACCUGUGAGAUCUGCAGUCGUUCGUUCAAGCGCCUGGACCAGGUGACGGCUCAUAAGAUCAUCCACAGCGAGGACAAACCCUACAAAUGUAAGCUGUGUGGGAAAGAGUUUGCCCACCGCAACGUCUACAAGAAUCACAAGAAGACCCACUCCGAGGAAAGACCCUUCCAGUGUGAGGAGUGCAAAGCCCUGUUCCGCACCCCCUUCUCUCUACAGCGUCAUUUACUCAUCCACAACAGUGAGAGGACAUUCAAGUGCGACCAGUGCGACGCCACCUUCAAGAGGAAGGACACGCUCAACGUUCACAUCCAGGUGGUGCACGACGGCCACAAGAAGUAUAAGUGUGACCUGUGUGAGAAGGCCUUUGUCACUCCUUCUGUCCUCAAGAGCCACAAGAAGACACACACGGGGGAGAAGGAGAAGAUCUGCCCAUACUGCGGACAAAAGUUUGCAAGCAACGGCACGCUAAGGGUCCACAUCCGCAGCCAUACAGGUGAGCGUCCAUACCAGUGCCCCUACUGUGACAAAGCGUUCAGCAAGAACGAUGGCCUGAAGAUGCACAUCCGCACACACACUCGUGAAAAGCCGUAUAAAUGCAGCGAGUGCAACAAAGCCUUUAGCCAGAAAAGAGGACUGGACGAGCACAUGAGGACCCACACAGGAGAGAAACCUUUCCAAUGUGAUGUGUGUGACCUGUCGUUCAGCUUGAAGAAGAUGCUCAGCAGGCACAAGCUCACGCACAACCCCAACCGACCCAUGGCAGAGUGCCAGCUGUGCCACAAGAAGUUCACCAGGAACGACUACCUCAAAGUACACAUGGAGAACGUCCACGGGGAGACGGAGAGCUAGAGCCAAUUAUGGACCCGCCGGCUGACAAUGCUAUCUGAUUCCACAGAUGAGGUUCAGUCUCCCUAUGCAACCAGUACGGCCUACACAUACUGUAUACACAGAUGGAGCGAUAGCAGAAAUGUUUUUAUUAAAGAUACACACAUGUAGGAUAUGGAAAACAUUUGGGCAAGUAUUUCAGAUUUGAAACACAGGCUGUACAUUUGUAAUUUGUAAAGUUUGUCAUACUGUUUAGUAGGGCUGCCCGAUAUGAGGAAAAUACGUGAUAACGUAUGAUUAUCACGAUAACGAUAUUACUUGCAAGAAAAACACAGCUAUUAAAAUGUACCUAGUUCUGCCUUUCUGCUGCUUUUAGUAAUCUGCUAAAAUACAACAAAUUGCUUGUUGAAUUUGGAAAACCAUACAAUAAACAUAUCCAAAAUGAUUUUACUGAACAAAUUGAACAUUGAAUGUAAAAAAAGCACCAUUUGAAAAAAAUGAAAGUUACAUGAAAAGUGUAGUUUUUUUUACUCAUUCUCUCUUUCAACUAACUCAAAAAAUCUCAGUGUGUUUGGCAGUGUGUCGCAGCCUUUGGUGAUGACAAUACAAAAAUAUAUACAGUAUGUUGUGCAGCCCUACUGUUCAGGUAUUGUUUGAGCUGCCUUCAGAGCCGCUGUGUCUGCUCACAGAAAUGUCUGUAAUGUCCCUUUAAGUCUAUCUGACUUCUAACCAUUGUUACUGUUCAUACUGUUCCAGCCUGACCUCUUCCACUCUAGCCUUUCCUGCCCAGCUGUCUGAACACAUUACUGUAGAUCUGGACCUAUCUGGGACCAGCAGACCUUCUACAUGUUUACAUCGGUUCUUUGGCAUCCAAACCUGUUUGAUAUUUAGACUCUGUUGAGCCUCAGAACACACUUCAAAAGCAUAUUAUUAUUUCAAAAUAAAAGUAUUUAAACAGAAUGUUUGAACGGUAGAUGAAGAGAAGUGAAGCUCUAACCAGCUACAAAAUCUGAAACGGCUCACAUGUAAGAUCAUAUUUACAUGAUGACCAGAGAGUAUAAACAUACUGUCCUCAGUCUUUCAUACUCCUAUUUCACAUCUAUCCGGGCCCUCAUUUAAAAAGUGAUUAAGAAAACUUCCAGCGCAGAAGUUGCACAGCUUUUUAGGUAGAAUGUAGUAGACAACUUUAAAACUGUUGGACGUACAUUAUUAGCUUAAAAUGAAUGAGUUCCUCCCUUUCCCACGGCCUUUUGGUGCGUAAAGUGUGUUACUGUUUCAUGGACAUAAAGAGAAUCCAAAGUACUGUGUAUGUUGACUUUUUUAAUAUAUUAAGUGUGUUUUCUUAUUAAAGCCCCAGGGUUAUUGUGCCUUUUGAUAUGUGUUUAAGUUCUUUGCCCGUCAUUGUUUGAUACAGUAUUUAAUGUAUUGCAAUAGGAGUCCAAUUCUCUCCUUUUUGUCCACCCCCCCAUUUGCUUCCCCCUGUGAUUAAUGCACAUGUUCCCGCUGUUUAUUCUGCAUCUGUAGACUGUGAAUUGUCACUUCACACUUUUGUAUUUUGAAAUAUAUAAAACCUCAUCACCUAGCAAACA